GUUUGUUGCUGCCAUCCACCCUUGCUACUGUAUCGUGUGCGUACCAUAAACCUCUAGCGCAAUCUGCAAACAACGAGUUUGCCAUUUGCCCGGACAAGUAUGCCAGUGUAACGAGACAGCACGGCAUGAGGCUAGCGCUAAAGCUUCUCGCGGGGGCGCUGCUCGUGGCAGUGUUGUCGAGGAGCUGCAACGCAAACAGCGAGGCUCGAGGAUGGUCGCAGCUAUCCGAAGUAAAGGCUGCGAUGUAUGAGGAUAUGAAGUACACGCGAGCAUGUGUCAAGCUGCUGAACAACUCUGGGCCACAAGGCUGUGAAGCGGCUGAUAUGAAGCUUAUCACGGGGCCUCUGGUCCACUACUCGGACCUGACGCAUUUAGCGGGCCAAAAGGUCGUGCUGGUCCCGGCGGAGGACGCUAGCAAGCUGUUCACGCAGUUCCUCAGGGACAGCAGCCUCCGUAAGGACGUAAUCGGUAUCCUCGUGGACCCAACGACUGGCCGGCCACCGGGGGAUUCAGCUGCUCCGCCAUUCCCCGGCGCGGAAUUUGCACCGUACAGCGCUCGCGACUACGUAUGGAACCCAUACGGGGCGGGGCUGACACAGCAGUGGUUUGGCAUUCCUAUUUACAUGCUCACGGAGACCCUGGCCAACGAGACGGGUUGGCGGGCAGACUACAACGCGCAGAAUGACCUAAAGGGUGGCAAGCACGUGGCCCGCAUGCAGCUGCCCAUGCAGGCCGUGGGCAACUCCUCGCAGUGCAUAAGCGAUCAGCACUGCCUGCCGGUUGGCGGCUACGGUGUCUGGAGCGCUGUGCCGGUGCUGCCGGACCCGCUGUACGUCAACGUUUCGGCGCGGCCCAUCACGUUGGUCACGGCGUCCAUGGACAGCAACUCGCUGUUCCACGAUCUCACCAAGGGCGCAAACACGGCCAUGUCGGGCCUGAUUGCGGGCCUGGUGGCGAUGUCGCUGCUGGUGCGCGCCAACCACACCGCCACCUACGCCCGCCAACUGGCCUUCGCCGCCCUGCCGGGAGAGGCGUUUGGCUACAUGGGCAGCAAGCGGCUGCUGUACGAGAUGCAGCUCAACUCCACCUUCGUGCGCGGCCUGAGCCUAGACCUGAUCGACCAGGUGAUCGACGUUAACCAGGUGGGCGCGGCCUUCAACGCCAGCACCAACACCUCCAGCUUCUACCUGCACACCCAGCUGGCGGGCGGCUUUGGCGACGCCUCAAAGCUGGUGGGCGCGGCGCAGUCCGCCGCCACCGCUGAAGAACCCCUGGUCCAAGCCGCGGCGGCCUCGCCCUCCAACCCGGGCAUCCCGCCCUCGCCUCUCAUGAGCUUCCUGCGCGUCAAGCCCGGGACGGCGGGCAUGGUGCUGGCGGACUUCGACUCGCGCUUCAACUCGCCUUACUACCAGUCCGAGUACGAUGACGGCUUCAACAUUACGGUGCAGGCGCUGGUGGACGCGUCGGUGCUCCUUGCGCGCACGCUGCACAGCCUGGCAGGCAGCCCCGAGACCCCCGCCCUGGAGGUGAACCGCACCGCCACCCGCUUCCUGGUGGCGGAGCUGGCGGUGUGCCUCAUCCUGGAGGACCCCGGCAUGCGCUGCCCACUGGCAUCGCUGCUCAUGAGCCCAGACGUGGACGUGUACUAUGACGGCUCCACCUCGGCCGCGGUCAAGGGCUACCCCGGUGUGCUGCGCUGGGUGGAUGUCGACCCGCGUGCGUCCAGGAGCAAGCCCAACCUGGCGCGCUUUGUAUACAACUACCUGGGCAACCUGACGGCGGCGCCGCUGCCGGCGGACCGCUCCAACAGCUCCUGGGAGGGCGCGCCCUGCGACACCACCGUCAACAUCUGCCCCGCGCCCCUGGCCUGCAUCGGCUGGCGCUACGGCACCAAGGACCCCGCGGGCAUGGGCCGCUGCCGCAACACCACCACCCUGUACUUUCCUGCCUACAGCACGCGGCUUUGGUAUGGCAACCGCCAGGGCUCGUGGCGCUGGUGGGUGGACGACGCCGCGGCGGUGUGGGAGCGCAACUACUCCUGGCCCACCGACCCCAUGUGGACCGAGUCGGACUGGCCCGCCCGCACCCCCACCCUGACCAUCUUCCAAGAGGAGGCAGAGGCGACACAAAUCUUGGUGCUGGUCGUCGGCCUUGUUAUUACCUUCGCGACGGGGCUCGUGAGCUGGUUGGGUGUGCGAGCUUUCGAAAAGCACAUUAAGAGCCAUUGAUGACUCCGCGCGGCGGUGCAGUACCUACCGACCGGGCGAAUCAGACAUGACGCGCGUCUCAAGCUCGGGCUCUCCAACAGACCAAAGGUUGCAGGUACAUUUGGCGCGGCUGGCGUGGAUAAAGGAUACAAAGUGCCGACUGCCGGCGGUUACCAAGCAAGGUUGCGCCUGGCGAGGCGGCAAUCGACACGUGUCUGGAGCCGUCUGGUGCCUGUGGCAGAUGAGGUGAUAGCUAGUGCCAGCUUGCAAUGAUGCCAUUUGCUGCGAGCGUGAGUGUUGGGCGUGGACAUUUGUGGUCAGUUGCCAGUGGCGCCCAGACAGGGGAGGGGCAGGGAAGGGGAGGGUUGGCGCAGUUGGCGCCCAGCAGGCGUGGUGCAACUCAACCCCUUCGCUUUGAGGCCAGCGCCGACUGACAGUGCCAACACUUGGCAUGUGACGCUGCUGAUUGACCCCUGUUGUGCACGGACAUGACUUUUAUGGAAGCGAAGGGUAGCAGAAUGGGUGGUGGCUGGUAGCGGUCUAUAGACUAUAGUACGGUACCUGGGCUUGAUGCUCAGUGACGCGUGCGAUGCGGUCCAUCACUAAUGCUAUCCUGAAAGGGUCAGCUACAUGGGCCAAGCUAUAGGUGUUGUUUGCUUGUGUUGCGUUUUUCAAGCACGUCGAUAACAGGUGGUGUGUGCCCCCCACUGUGGCCACUGAGGGGUGCUGCGGCCAGGGAACGAAGCCACCCCUGCAUUGUACUGUUCAGACCUUGGUUCCGGCGUACGAGAGGAGACGAGGCAGCCCGAUAACUGUGACAUGUGCCACUACCGUACUAGGUAACAGCUCACUUUGCUCAGAUUCAAU